ACUUCACCGAUCAGAGUUUGUUUCUACCUCUUCCUCUUCUAGUGGAUUUUGGGCACUGUGGCAGUAAAAGUGACAACCAUUAGUGUAGCACAGCCAACUUUUACACUGCCACAGGUGUAGUUGUGGUCCUCAGGAUAUUAUUGCUCACCCACCACAGGAUCAACAUGUUACGACGGAAACCAUCCAAUGCCUCAGAAAAGGAGCAGCCCCAGGUGCAAAAGAAGAAGUUGUCACUGCAAAGGUCCAGUAGCUUCAAAGACUUUAUGAAGUCAAAGCCAGCGUCACCUGUUGUGAGUGAGGCCAUCUUGGAUGAAACUAAGCUGGAAGGGGCACCACCAGAGAAUUCUGGAAAAAGUAAUGAGAAACUGGGAAAGAGAUGGCGAAACGUCAUAACUCGCACAAUGUCCCGUAAAACAUCCAAGAUGGUACAGAAAGCCCUUGCAGAGGAAGGGAAUGAGAGUGGUGAGGAUGGCUCUAUGUCUCCCAUGUCUCCAAGUGACUGGAUGCCAGAUCUCUGUGCUGGGAACAGAACAUCUGUGUGCUCCAACAGCUCAGAAGACACAAUACACAGCCCUCUCUCACGCCAGCUCUCUGGAUGUGCUGAUAGACAGAGUCUGGACAGUGGCUUUAGCCAGAGAGACAGUAUGAGACUGGAGGACAGCACCUACACAGGGCCCUUCUGUGGUAGAGCCCUAGUCCACACUGACUUCACCCCCAGCCCAUAUGACAUUGAAUCCCUAAAACUGCAGAAAGGGGAUAUAAUCCAGAUUAUUGAGAAGCCACCAGUAGGCACCUGGACUGGUAAACUUAAUAACAAAGUGGGCUCCUUUAAAUUCAUCUACGUCACUGUGCUACCAGAGGAGGACACGCCACCAAAGAGGAAACGAUGCCCCAGUAAGGGUCGCCAGAACAAACCCAAACUAAAAAGCUUGGAGGAAGUUCUAGAGAGAAUAGGCCUGACUGAGCUGGGAUCUCUCCUGUCCAUGCAUGGCUUCCAGAGUUUGGAGGAUUUUAGUGGCCUAAAGGAGUCCCACCUGAACGAGUUAAACAUUACAGACCCUGAACAUUGUGCCAAGAUACUGAAAGCUACAGAACUGAUUCAUGACUCGGAGGACGAAUCCGAUGAAGAGGACAAAUCUGAGCAAAAGACUGAAAUGCCACGGGAUUCAGGCUGUUAUGAGAGCACAGAGAAUCUGACAAAUGGGCGUGGGGAGCCCCAGGCGGAAUCCCAGACUGAGGCAGAGAUAGAUCCUGACACAGAUGUAAAUGCUGUUCAGCAGCAGCUGGAGGAGAUGAAGGUGGAGGAGAGUCCGGAGAGCCAAACAGAGUGAAGACCACAGAAUGUUCCUUUGAUCCUGCUACUUGUAAACUCUUUUAACCACACUGAUGGAUUGAGGGGUAUUUGUCAUGGCCCUUUGCUGGACCAAAUCCAUGAAAAGAAAUUAUUUCAAAUGUACAAAAGAAGCCAACAGGUCUUCUUAGAAGCUGGCACAAAUGAUUGAAGGUACAAAGUUCAUGCUGGACAUAUCCAUUAUCUUUUACAUGAUUGUUCAGAACUACUUUGAAAUGAUCCAUAAUCAUAAACUGCAUAAAGUGAUAUUGGAUUAAACCUGUAGCUAUGUUCUUUUACAUAAUAAAAUAAAAAAGGUAUGGUGAUACCCAAAAGAUUUGAUUUUAUUCUCAAUACGUAAGUAUUAAAUAAUUAAUGUACUCUAUGUAUGACCAAACUUUGAUUCUCUAAUAUCUGAGAAGGUUCAUCAUCAUUGAUUUAGCUAUGAAGUAGCAUAUAUUACUUUUCUAUUGUUUUUAGUUUGUUUUUUGUCAUUAUGAAUGUACAGAGGAAUACACAACUAGUGCACUCAAAAAAAAAAAAAAAGGUGAGACACAAAGUGGGAAAACCACAUUGUUUGGUUAACUCAAGGUUUUAAGUAAUGUACUUGCAAAUUAUUUUGCUUCUAUAGUUUUUGUUUUCGGUAAUGAUGGUUAUAAUAUGGUUAUGGUUAACCAAUAUGGUUAUGGUUAUGUUAAUUUAGUUUUCCAAGCCAUUGUUGUAGAUUUUAAUCAGUUUUUAGCCUGUUCGUCUUUGUAUUGAUGUCAGUCUUGCUCAGUUGUAUUGUCACUGUAUUUGUAUUAAUUUUGUUACAUUUUUUAAAGAAAUGUUUGACCAAAAUUAACUUUAAAUAUUUAAUUAACACUUUGAAACUACAUCACAAAAAGAAUUUGUAGUAAUACAAUAUAUAAUUUCAUGAACAUACAUACACACACACUAAUCCUUAAAGUAUAAAGUGAAGAGUAUGAGAUAUACAGGAUCACAGUGUUGUUACCAAGAAAAGUAAACAUAACUCAGUUUGUGAUGUUAUGCAUCGUAUCCACAUAUCUAGAGCAGACCAUCAUUUUCUAAUAUUGAAAACACAUUUCUACACUGACUUGGCAUUAAAUAUUUUGAUUUUGUUGAGCCUCAAUUGGUAUAUCAGCACAUAAGCUGCACAAUAACAUGACACAGUUUUAUGGUAAAUGUGUGUGUACAUAUAUAUAUAUAUAUAAAAAAUUAUUUUUAUUUUAUUUUUUUAAUGUGAAUGUUGGGAUUAAUUAAGAACAACUUUAAAUAACUUUUAUAUAUAUUUAGUAAUACCUUCAGCCUAUCAAAUAAAUAUUCACAUCUUCCAUACACAAUCGAUCAUUAUCACAGUUGUUCACAUUGAAAUCCCAUUUACUUAAAAUUAAGAAGGAUUUUAUAGAAGCACAUUCUGAGGAAGGACAGUUAGUUGUUAGUAUAGCACUAAAGUUUAUGCAAUAAUUGAAUCAUUCCCUCUUUCUUCACUUUCUUCUACAUUAAAAGAGGUUCUAACAAUCAAUCAAACUACAGUAAAUCAACAUAUCUCACAAGCAUUCCAGCUUAUACAUUUCAACCUGCUGAAGGAUGGCACUGGACUGGCAACAAUAUAAAGUUGAAUCCAAAUUAAAGGCAUUUUUUACCCCAAAAUUAGAAUUCUCUCAUUAUUUACUCAUGCCAUCUCAAAAUGUUCUUUCUUCUGAAGAACACAAAGAUAUAUGAUGUGAAUAUAUCUGUCCAGUGCAAGUCAAUGGGGUCCAACACUUACAAGCUCCAAAAAGGACAUAAAGGCAUCAUAAAGUUUACUCCAGUGGUUUAAUUCAUGUCUUCUGAAGCAAUAUGAUCGGUUUUGAGUGAGAACCGACCAAAAUGUAACUCCUUUUUUACUAUUAAUCUUGACAUCUGCAGUCUCCAAGGCACAAUCAUGAUAACAAGCUCUAUUACAUUUCCUCGUGCUAGACGCAUGUGCAGAGCGCUGUGCACGCGCUCUGUUGGUCCCCAUUGACUUACACUGUAUGGAUCUGAACACAUCAUAUCUCCAUGAAAAUAUCUUUGUUUGUGUUCCACAGAUGAAAGAAAGUUAUAUCAGUUUGAGACAGCAUGAGGAUAAGUAAAUGAUGAGAGAAUUGUCUUUUUGAGUAAACUAUUCCUUUAACUAGAGACAAAAUCAUUUUCUUACAUUUCACUCCCACACCUCUUUUACACAAAACAAUACUGCCAAAUUCUUCUCCUCUGAUACGCACAACAUAAAUAUAUAGCUGGUUAUAAUUUGAGAGAUUCAUGUAAAAAAAAAUAUAUAUAUACACACACACACACACACACACACACACACACACGAGUCCAUAGGUCCCAGAUGUCUAAGUCUGUCCAUAAACAGUGUUCCCUUACAAGUGACCAUCAAUAUACCAAAGUGAAAUUAGUAAAGGUGACCAUUAGUUGUUUACAAUACACAACACAUUCUUUUAAACAUACACCUGGGCAAGUUGCCUUACCUUAAACAUGGUGAAAAGAAUGUGUGAGAAAAAUAUACAAGUAUGAUUUAAAAAUAUUUUAUAAUUUAAUGCAAAAACAUGCUAAAAUGUCAUUGACUGCUAAUAGGUACUUAACAACAGAAAGGUUAAAGUGACAUCUCACCCAAAAAAUGCUAAUUCUGUCAUCAUUUACCAUGAAAGUGCAUGGUGACUGAGGCUAACAUACUGCCUAACAUCUUCUGUGUUCUACAGAAUAAAGAAAGUCAGAUGGGUCUGCAACAACAUGAGUGUAAAUUAUUCAUUUUCAUUUUUGGGUAAACUAUCCCUUAAGCUUUUCAGAUGAUGUUAAACAAUUUUAACUGAAGUUUAUUCUGCCCACAACAGGAACCCCCUCAGCUGCUGACAUUUGACCUCGAGUAAAAAUAUUUGAAAGAAAAGAGAGGAAGGAAAGAGAACUUCCCUGGGUUGUGACUACAGACGAGAGACUCGGCAUUAGUAUAAUGCUGGAAUAUAGGAGGCAGUAGUGGAGUGACCUCUUUAAAAUAUUCAGUAUGGAGGGAAUGUUAUAACUUCAAGAUUAAAAUAAUAAUAAUAAAUCAGGCAAGUUUUUCCCAAUUCUUACAGAGAAUUUGCAGCUUUUCAGUUAUUUUUACAUUAUAUACAUUUACUCAAUGGCUUGAAUUAUUUUUUGCUUUCUGAUACAUCAUUAGUAUUGUAUAAAAAUGAAUUAAAAUGUAUAGGGUAUUAUGGAUAGUAUAAGGACAUGGAAUUUUAGGGGUCCUCUGUAGAUGGCCUUGGUUGUAUGUAAUAGUAGAGCAUAGGUAAGGCACUCUUACUAACGUCUGUCAAUAGCAGAUUGGCCUGUAGUUACCUUCACACACACACACACACACACACACGCAAACAAA